AUGAAACGCAGCAACUGGGCCUCCGAACUGCCACGGCCUUGCGACACCACGCGGCCUCCGCACGCUUUCCGUCGUUCUCCAACCGGGGGAAGGUUUACGGUAAAACAUGAGAAAUACGAGAAUGAAGAUGAUUUGUCUUUCUGUGCCGGUGGCUACUUGAAAAUCUUGGGAACAGAUUUCGAUCAGUCGCUCUUUGGUGGGGAAACCCCAUACAAGAUCAUGUUUGGGCCAGAUAUUUGUGGCUAUGACGUGUCUGUGAUCCACCUGGUGUUCAAUUGGAAAGGGCGGAAUCUACACCGAACUCCAGAGAUUCCAUUGGAAUUCGAGGAGCGUGAUUCCAAAUCGCACAUCUACACAUUGCUGCUGAAACCCGACAACACGUACAAGGUCUACAUUGAUUUGCGAGAAAAGUCGUCUGGCAGUUUGCAUGAGUUUUGGGACUUUCCCAAAAUUACAAUCGACGACCCCACGGAUCGGAAACCCGAAGGUUGGAUCGAGAAGAGACGAAUCAUUGAUCCGGAAGUCAAAAAGCCAGAAGACUGGGUGGAGGAUCGGUUGAUCCCAGACCCAAUGGCUUCUAAACCCUUGGAGUGGGAUGAUUUGGAAGAUGGCCCCUUUGUGGCUCCCCUGGUGGAGAAUCCCCUCUACAAGGGUCCCUGGUUUCCGGCGCGCGUGGAGAACCCUGACUUUCGGGGAGAAUGGAGGCCCAGACAACGGGGAAACCCCGAGUAUCAGGAGGAAGUUUAUGCCUUUACUGACCUGGCCGCCGUGGGACUGGAACUUUGGACGGUUCAUGAGGGAUCGGUGUUCGACAACAUCCUGCUCUGUGACUCCUGGGACUUGGCCAAAGCCGAAGCCUCCAAGCUCCAGGAGAUCUUCGCCAAGGAAGCCGAGGUGCAACGGAAGUGGAAGGCGCUGCACGGCGCCGGACGUGCCCCACAUCCCGGUCCUGGGAGCAACGAGGAAAUGUGCUUUCCCGGGCUGAUCAAUGACAUCAAGCUCCGUUUGACCUUGUCAUCCUUGCCACCAGGCGUGGAGUUACCACACCUGAGUUCCAAGGCAUUGAAGGCGUUCGACCCGGCCUUCAAUGGACUUGUUGGGCAAAACUGCGCUGUGAAGAGGUUGAUGAAAUCACCUGGCUACGUGCGCGUCCGGAAGAAGGGGUUCCACCGUCCUGGCGUCCCAUUGGUUCUACUGAUGACCGGACCCUCGGGAACAGGCAAGACUAUGGCGGCCCGAAAGAUUGCAGAAUACAUCCAUGGUCGUCCCUUUAAGGAGCUUGAAGCAACAGGCCGCUUCAAAUUGUUCCCAAUGCCUCCUGUUCCAUCAUCUCGUCUCAGGAAGACCUUCUUCGGACCCCCUCGAGGAAUCCAGGGCACUGGUGAUCUACCUGAGUUGGUCAAAGCCAAUCCAGAUGCGGUCAUCGUCCUAGAUGAAAUCGAGAAAGCGCAUCGCAGCUUCGCGCGAGCUCUGCUGACGGUCUUUGGUGAAUAUGGCACGGUGUACGAUCCUAAAAGUGGAAGAGACUACCAGGCCUCUAACAUUACCUUCGUGCUCACCAGCAAUCUCGCGAAGGAUCUGGUCAUCAAGCACCCUUUGGCUGUGGCGAAAACCAUGGGCCGAUCCCUUGAAAACCACCAGCAGUUGCCGAAGGGAGUCGAUGUGGAUCCCGAUUGUGUAGCCUAUGCCGAGCUCCGAGACGCCGUUGAUGAAGAGAUCAGUCAUGCCAAGGACAACGCCUUCUUCCGAGAAAGUGAGAUCCGUGGCCGGCUGACAGAUACUUUGCCCUUCUUACCAUUUGCCCCACAUGAAGUUCAAGAAGCAGUGCGUGGUUUCCUCACGGCAGAAGCAGAGGCCUUCAGGGAGUCCUUAGAGCUCACUUGGACGGAGGAGGUGGUGGACUUUUUCGCUAAGCUCUACGUGCGCAAGCCGGAUGAAGGCCUUCGGGCCGUCAACAAGCAGCUGCAAUUGCAGGUCCGGGACCUUCUGGAAGGCGCUCUCUUCGUUGGUUUAGUGCCGCCCGGUGCCCGGGUAGUGCUACGGAUGGCGCUGCCAACGGAGCAGCUCAAGGGGGCAGCAACUUUGGACCUGCGAGUGGUGCCCAAGGAGCCGAGGGCCACGGCGGCCACGGCGGCCACGCUGCUCCAAAGCGCCCCUGAGAAGACGCCCGUGACGGUCGGUGGACAGGUGCAACAGGAAGCGGAUGGCACGUUCUUUUCACUGCUAUCGGACGCCUUUGCAAAUCUGGGCUCGUCUUUCGAUACCGCCUCGCCCACGAGAACGCCCUCCGAAGCGGGAUCCGGAUGGGAAAGGCUACAGGACUGGGAGUGGCAGAGCGACGUGGAGUGGCUCAGCAGCUGGGAAUGGCAAGAACUCUGGGAACAUUUGCUCCUGUUCCUCUGGAAGUGGCGCUUUCCCCUGGCCAUCACCGCCCUGUGCCUCUUCGCCGCCGUCUCCGCCGGCACUGUGGCGCCCGCGGUGGCACCGGCCGUGGCGCCGGCCGUGGCCACGGCGGCGCCCACGGCAGCGGGGGCCACAGCCAUGGCGGUGGCGGCGUGGGCCACGGCCUUGGUGCAGGUGGCAGGGAGUUCAGCUUCGGUGGCAGUUCCCGCCUUGACCUUCUUCUAUGCUUGGAAGAACAAGCAUUACAUUGAAGCCGUCAUUUUCGGUUCCUUCUUCGUUGCGCUCUUCCCAUGGGCAUUGCAGAUCAUCCGAAAAAGCUACGCGCUACUUCACUGGCUCGGCUCCAACAAAGGCCCCAUUUCGACUCGGCCGCUUCGACGGGGAUCGAAGAGGGUAGGAGACAAGCAGGCUUUGCUGAUGGCACUUGAGGCUUGUUGCUCGCCGCCAGGUCGCAUCUUGGAGACACCGUGCCGAGCACGCGAGCUGCAAGAGGAGCCGCAGCUCCCGAGCCCCCCAAGCGCCCGCACCGCGGAGCUGCGAACGGACGCGCCGAGCCCAGGGAGCGAGGCCGAAGGCGGUGAGAGCUCCAUGGCGUCACCGGAAGGCGAAAGGGACGUUCCGCCAUCUCCCGACGUUGCUUCGGCUGCUUCGGACGAGAACGUGGCAGUGAUGCAGUAGAUGACCUCAGAGAUCGUGGGACCAUUGUGCAGGUAUGGUAUCCCCCGGCAAUUCGUGGUCCAAGGACCGCGGAAAAUGCAGCUGGGCAGGGUUUGUCGCUGGCGCGACGCAGUGUGGAUGUUGUGACCCAGGAUGGCCCAGGC